UUUCAUCGGAGAAUUUGCAAAUUAAAACAACACACAUUGAUCUCAUCUCCGUUCAAUGCCUUCAAUUCCGUCGCCACCGCCAAAUCCGGCGUCCGCCGCCAACUGUCGCAUCUCCGUCUUCUCUCUUAUCCUUCAGUUUCCUUGAAAUGCAGAUGCUCAUCUUCCUUUGCUCGUGCCUUUUCAGGUGUAAGAGCUCAGUUGGAAACUACUGAGCGAGCAGUUUAUGUGGAACCUCCCGUUGUGGUUAUUACAGGAGCUUCUAGAGGAAUUGGGAGGGCUGUUGCUUUAGCUUUGGGAAAAUCUGGUUGUAAGGUCCUAGUGAAUUAUGCAAGAUCUUUAAAGGAGGCAGAAGUUUCCAAACAGAUUGAAUCAUGUGGUGGCCAAGCUAUUACUUUUGGUGGUGAUGCUUCAAAAGAAGAAGAUGUAGAAUUAAAUGAUGUAUACCGCAUAACGCCUGAUACUUUGUUGAUGAGAAUGAAGAAAUCUCAGUGGCAUAAGGGUAUUAAUUUGAAUCUUACUGGAGUAUUCCUCUGCACACAGGUCUAUACAGUUGUUACGUUCUUAAUUCAACCAGAACCGGAGUUUUUUUCCAAGAGAUCUUUUUCCUUGUUGCAAGGUGCUGCUAAAAUUAUGAUGAAAAAGAAAAAGGGGGAGAAUAUUCAACAUAUCAUCUGUUGUUGGUUUAGUUGGCAAUGCCCAACUAUAGUGCGGCAAAAGCAGGAGUGAUUAGGUUAACCAAAAGUGUCGCAAAAGCAACAGGGUCGAGAAGUACCAUGCAUGGUUGCCCCCCGCCCUCUCUUUCUAUCUUUGGAGUGUAAACUACAAAGGAAUUAAUUCUUCUCAACAAGGAGAAGCUACUGACUUUUUAUGACGUUUGACAAUUUAUUUAUAACAAUCUUUGUUUUCAUCAGGUUAAUGCUGUGGCCCCUUAAUUCAUUGCAUCAGAUAUGACUUCCAAGCAAAGUGAAGACAUUGAGAAGGAAAUUUUGGCAAGCAUCCCAUUAGGACGAUAUGGCCAACCAGAAGAAGUUGCUGAAUUCAGUCCUGCAGCCAGUUAUAUUACUAGAAAGGUCGAUAAUGGAACGUCUAUAUAGAAACUUUCAGCAUUUCUAGUUGGUUUCGUGAAUGGCACUGAAAAGGCUGAUUAUUUAUGUUGGCAGAGGAAACUCAGCAGCCUAUAUCUAAAUUUUGUAAUGAGCUAUUACGUUUUCAUCAUUAGUUUUGUCCAAUUCACAUA